UGUCUUAUCAAGCAGUAACUUCCCAUGUUAUUAUUAUUCGUUGGACUGUUUUUUAUCAGUUGAUUUUUUCCAUAUUGUGAUCAUGUCGGAUACAAUACCACCUCUUUAUUCGUCUUCUCCACCGCCUCUGACAAAAUCAAAUUUUGCCGAUGAUGCUGAUUCUGAAGAAGAUGAGGAUGAUGAAGACGAGGAUGGAUACGGAAAAUUUGAAGAGUACUCAGCAGUCUAUGAUCAUACAGUAGAAGAAAUUCUCAACAACAGCCCAAGGAAGCCCAUAAAGACAGAAUCUAUAACAAACCUGAAUUCAUCAGAUUUGAUAUUAGGAAAGAGUAUCCCUGUUUUGCCAAAUAAUUUACAUAGCACAACAGACGUAAAUGUAACGUCUGAGCCCCUUUCUAGUGAUAUUUUACAUUCCAAAUCUCCUGAUGAGAGUAUUGACCGAAAAAUUUUAGAGAAUAACAGUAUUAAUAUAGAAAAGACAUUCUCGGAUAGUGCAAUCAAUUUUACAGAAGUGGAUAGUAUUUUUCAUGUUAACAAUGAUAACCUAGAUAGUAAUUUUUCAACUUCUAAACCCCUGUCAGAACCAGUUAAUUUUUCUUCGGGUGAUGUGCCUGUCACUUUAGAGAACCAUACUGGCCUUUCCCAGGAAAUUGAAACAAAGAGUUCAAUAGUAAGUAGCAACAGCUGUGGCACAACAGAAAAUAAUUCGAAUAUUGUGACAAGGAUAGGAGUGAAUGAAAACAUAGAAGUAAAUGAUAGCUCAAGCAUAAAUGUUGGCGCUAAUUCUAUACCUUAUAGUAAUUGCUCAAAUUUUGUAUCAGCAGUAGAUGGAACACUUGGUGAUGAUGACUUUGAAUUUGAUGAUUUCCAGUCUUUCUCCGAACCAAUUCCUUGCUCUCAAAACUGUGAAUUUGAUGCAUAUGGAUCUGAAAAUUCAGAUUCGAAGGAUAAAAUUAAUGUUUUCAACCAAACGGAUUCACUAUCAUGUGAGAGUAAUUCAUUAACUGCAAGUGCCGUUCCUCUUCAAAUUGAAACGAUGAGCAGUGAUAGGACUGAGUUCAGAACAUUAGGAACUAGCUUAGCUGACAACAUAAUCACUGAUUCUCAUUUGUUAUCAAACAGUGCAGGAAAUGCCGUCCAAAAAAAUUCAAAUGAUCUCUCCAAUGGUUUUUAUGUGUUUGAAAAUGCUACAGAAAGUAAUGAAAAUGUUACCACAACACAGUCAGAUAUUAAACCGUCCAUUUCAAUAGAUACUUCGACUGCUCUACAAAGUGAGCAAAUUACAAAAGCAAGAACGGAGAUAGAAGGUGCUAAAUACAUAGAAUCUAAUUCAGCAUGCACCCCUGUAAAUGUAUCUAUUGAAACCUGUGUAAGCAAUGUCAUUGAGUCAGAAGUCGAUGAUGGAUUUGGAGACUUUGAAUGCGCUAACAAUGUACAAGACACAAGCAUAGAGCCUCCAAGGUGCGAGCCAAUUCACCCAAGUCCACCCAGUGAUGAUGAAUUUUGUGAUUUUGAAUCGGUCAACUCCUCUAAGUUGCAAAAAGUUGAAAAUACUGCAGGUCCUAGUUUCAGUGAAUCAGGGCAGACUGCAAAAGAAUCCCUUGAUUUUGAUGAGGACUUUGCAACCUUUGAUGUCAAAAGCACUGACAAUUUUAGUGAUUUUCAAAGUACAAAUGUAGAUCAAAAAAGUUCCAUGAAUGAUUUAAAGGCAGCAGAAACCUGUGAGCCAUCAGAAGAUGCUUUUGGAAAUUUUGAGGCAAACUUUUCGGAAGUUCCUACUGAUGUUGUGGCUGCCUCUUCUUCUAAACUGAAUGAUGGUUCAGAAGCAUCAUUUGGUGAUUUUAGCGACUUUAGUUCUUGCGUAAAAUCAAGCGAACCCAUUACAAGUUCAACAGUUGCUUCUUCCUCGAAAUUUGAUGAUGGUUCAGAAGAAUCGUUUGGUGAUUUUAGCGACUUCAGCUCUUACAAAAAAUCAAAGGAACCAACAACCAGUUCUACACUUGCUUCUCCCUCUAAACUUGAUGAUGGCUCAGAUGAGUCGUUUGACGAUUUUAGCGAUUUUAGUACCUACAAAAAAUCAACUGAACCAACAAGUUUUACAGAACCUACAAGUCUUACAGAACCAACAAGUUUUACAGAACCUGCUGCUCAGGAGAAACAAUUUUGGAUUGAUCUUUUUCCUCCUUGUGAAGUGGCUGAUCGAGAUAUAGACGUGGUAUCAAUCAGUGAUUUAGUAGUGGCAAGUCGGAUAUGGACCAAAUUGCGUGAUUUGGAUUCUUCACAAGCAUUAGCUUUUGAGUGGUCAAAAUCUGCUACGUAUAAAAAGUACCUUUCAUCUCUUGGCAUAGAUGUACGCAAUGUGUUAGGUGUGCAGUGGCGAAGUAAUGUACCCAGAUUUGCAGCAAAUCUCGGAUGCACUCCCUUGGAGCCAUCAAAGGCAGCCAAAGAUUCCUAUACCUCAAAACCUGUCUCAGAUUCGUCAAAUGAGCUGUCCCAGCCUAAUAAUCCAGAGAUAGUUCCUGCAGCACACUUUGAUUGGAUAAGCAGCGGUUUGGUCAAUCCUCUUGAUGGUUCUUAUGCAACUUUACUUGACAUUAAUUUAUUGGAUGCAUUUGUAAAUACUGAAAGUACAAAAAAGAAGGGAACUCAAUCAGCACCAGUGCCAAAACAGAAGGCUAAAGAUGAAGCCAUUGAUGCUGAAGUACAAGAAUUCCUCCAGAGCUUACCUGAUCUUUCAUUCAUGCUUGUGUCUCACAUUCAGUUCCCCAUGAACCCGACUGUCAAUGACAAAUCGUCCUAGUGUGCUAUUUACUUACUUUUCUAUCGGCUGUUUUGCAAUUUUAGUUGUGGUUAAUCAUUGUAACUUGGUAUGUGUUUUGUAUUUAUGUAAGAAGGGAAACCAUGUCCAAUAAGUUUUUAAUUUAUUAAUUUAAUCAGUAUUCUAAGUUUUAGUCCAAAUGUACCGCUGUUAUUGAUUGUGUCUUUUUGAAAGUUAUGGAUUGCUUUCUAUUCAAAUUCAUUCUGCAUCAUUGUUAUCAUGAAAUUCUUUUACUUAUAUUUUAAAAUUAUUUUAACCAACCUUGCUGCAUAGCCCGCGAACAGUAGCUCUAGUAACUCAACAUUUUCUAUGUGGGACUAAAUUUUUGACGCACAUGUGUCAAAUUACCAAUAGUCAACAGCGUGUUGAGUUGGCAGCAGUAUUCAUCAGCUUUCUUUUUAUAUUUUUUGCAUUCUCUGCAACAAAGCCAUCCCUCCUCCAACAUUCUCCCACUAAAAAUUUUGAAAUGAAAAAUUGUGGAGGAUUGCUGAAGUAGGGCCCCUAAUAGUCAAAGUGUGCUUGAGCAAAAGGCAAAGCAUCCGCUACCUGAAAUAGGGACUAAGACCGUUGCUACUUGCCUGUUCAGUGAAUAAGGGUUUGGAGAAACAAAUCCAACCAUGCUUUAUUUGCCCUUCCUCAGUAACUCUCUUCAAUUACUCUUAUAAUUUUGUCAUUGAUGAACCAAGUUCGACAGACAUUGUUGUUAUUUCAUUUUGUUUUAAAUAGUUGAAUAUUAGGAAUAUAUCUGGCAUACGAAAAUUUCAUAGGGAUAGAACUGUCGUAUAUUUUUGGAUGCAGAGUUAUGAAGCCGCAAGGCCUGCGCGUGGUACAACAAGAAAUGCAGUGCUGCCUAAAGUCCAAUAUGAUGCUCCUUACAAUCUUCCGAGUAUACGGAGCUUUAUAAUCAAACUACAGUAGAACCCUUUUACAACAACUUUCAGCAGACCCGCAUGAAUCGUCCUUAAAUCGAAUGUUAUAUCAAGCUUUUCCUGUACCUCUGUGUUAUUGUUGAGAAAAACAGAGCUGAAAAGUGAAUUCUUCGACAUUCUUACAUGCACUUUUUUAUGUUAGUAUGGGCCUAUCGCUGUGUGUAUAUCAAUGCUGUACUGUAUGCUGUUAUUACUCUGAAUUUGAGUCUUUUUAUUUUUGUAUUUUAUCUUCCUGGCCAGCUUGGAACAAAUAGCUCUCCUUGGACACACUGUGAUAUUGCAACGUAUCUACUUGAUACAGAUGAAGUUAAAUGCAACAAAAAAAAUCACCUGUGAGCCGUGCUUUUCUUGAGAUAGGCACACACAGUUUUAUUUUUAAAGCUCAUCAUGCUCAAGGGAUCGUAAGGAACGUCUUAAUAGGUACAUAGCACUGUUUAGCCAAAGCUGAAUUUCUGGGGAUUCCAUGCGCAGUCCUUUCUAAAUGCGUCCAUAAACUUCCUCGACUUAAGUUUGUUUGAGUUAGGUAUCCUCAUGUAUAUUGAAAUCUCAAUACUAAGGCGCCCUCAAAGAGACUUCAAGUCAGGGAAGUUUUAAGGAACAAUAAAAUUGGAACUUUCAAUCUUGAUGUGACAACUUAAAUGAAGGGAUUAGCAAUGUCUUCAGUCCAGCUUUCAGCCCAGUAAUGAACUUCACAUCAUCUUUUGUUGUUUUCAUGUUUUGAGAAAAUGAAUUUUUUUAGAAUAUUC